AUGGCUAAAGGUGCACUCACAGCCAGGCUUAUUACGACAGUUGCCGUCAUUUGUAUUGGCUCACUCCAAUUCGGCUACCAUAUGUCCGAACUCAACUCACCAGAGGCCAUUUUAUCGUGUAGAGUGUCUGUUCCCGGAUCUGUUCCUUUUAAACAGUCAUUUUUUGGUUCCAGAGGUUUCCAGAAGUGUAUUGAGCUCACCAGCGAACAAGUAGGUUUGGUGACAUCCAUCUUUAGUAUUGGAGGACUUGUGGGAUCGUUUUAUGUUGGAACCGUGGCUGAUUCCAUUGGCCGGAAGAAGACUGCGUUGCUCCACAAUGUGGUUUUCUUUGUUGGAUCGUUCUUGAAUGGAAUCAGCAACUCAUUCUACGCAUUGCUUUUCGGCCGUUUCAUUGCAGGAAUUGGUGCUGGGUCUGCAUUGGUGGUAACAUCUUUGGUGAUCAACGAAAUUGCUCCCCAGCUGCAAAAGGGCUUUUUGGGUUCCAUGAACCAAGUAUCGGUUAACAUUGGAAUCUUAUUCACCCAGGUGCUUGCAUUGGCAUGGAAUAACGAUAAUGACUGGCGUCUUCUCUUGUUUAUGGGCGCAGCCAUUGCAAUGGUCAAUUUCAUGCUUAUUUUACUUUACGUGGACGAGUCGCCAAUGUGGCUCUAUUACAAUGGAAUGAGCUCACAAGCUUUUACUGUUCUUCACAAAUUGAGGGGCGGCGAGUACGCCACUGCUCGCAACGAAGUGAAUAGUUGGAAACACGGUGACAGUCUUGAAGAGGGCUCUUUGCUUCUGGAAGAGGAAAUUUCCGAUCCUAACCCUUCAGUAAAGUCAACCGCCAUUACUCUCCGUGAGUAUUUGGUGUCACUGGAAUAUUACAACUCAAAAUUGGUGGCUACUGGUAUAUUGGUGCUCCAGCAAUUCUGUGGAAUCAACUCUAUUAUUUUCUAUGGAGUGUCAGUAUUGGUCUCCAUAUUCCCGAGCCAAGCCGUCUUUAUUAACUGUUUGAUUUCUGUGGUUAAUGCUGUUGUGACGUUUGCCUCUGCUCCAUUGGUAGACAAGUUGGGUAGGAAGCCGCUUCUUUUGACGUCGGUGACAUUCAUGGGUAUUUCUUCUGCAGUGUUAGGAUUUGGAAUCAUUUACCAGAAUUCAUUGUUCUCAAUUGUUGGCACAUUCACCUACAUCACGUUCUUCGCCAUUGGAUUGGGACCAAUUCCAUUCUUGCUUGUUGGUGAAGUGACACAGCCCAAAGCUAAGGCGCUGGCGCAGAGUUGGGGUGUCACGAUGAAUUGGGUUGCCACGUUUAUUGUCGGUUUCAGUUUCCCUAUUUUGAAGAACUCGUGGAUUGGUGGCGGUGUGUACUACAUUUUCACUGCCAUGUGUGCUUUCUCGUACUUCUUCAUUAAGCAUUACAUUCCUGAGACAAAGGGUAAGGACACAUAUGAGGAAGUGUGGCGAUAA